AUGGAAGAAUUAAUUGCUAAAUUUAACUCUAGCAAUGGUCCAAUACCUAAUUCCCCGCCGCCUUCUGACCCUAACUCUCCUUCAAACGAAGACCAAGAAGGCGAACAAGCCGAGCAACCCACUCCACCACAACCAACUUCAAAUGCUCCUAAGUCAAAAAACCCAAUUGCUGACAAUAACAACAAUUCCGAGAAAAAUAUUAAAAAAAUUCUAAACUUUCCCUUGGAUGAAGCAAGAAAGAAAGCUGAAGAGGAAAUUAGAAAAUUAUUUGAUAGAUAUGGAGUUAAAGACCAAGAACUAAUAGGAAAUAAUUUGUGA